AUGGCUGCAUGGUCCUUGAUCGACUUUUCACAGAACUGGAUACUGAUGCUUCCAUUCGAUAACCUUACAUCAAAAGCAGAUGAUCCAGGCUACAUGCCACCUGAAGAGAGGAGAGCGUUCCAGAGGCGAUGGUUCAUUCUUAGUCUCUUUCCUAUUCUGAUUCGCCGCCAAGCUCUUCACUGUCACUUGGCCGUCAUCCAUCGUCGCGUCUAUCGUGUUGUGUGGGUAAAAGACUAUCGCGACCAUCGUAUUUGUCGUGUAGCAAUAUCGGAGGAAGUCUACCGACACAAUUCUAUCGGAUCUACUAAAGGUUUGGUGGAUCCUCUAUAUGGACCAAAAGAUGAAGUCCCGCGCGGACACUCGUAA